GCAAAAAAAUCGUGCUAGAAGGCUUUUUCCAAACAUUUUUAUGUGUAAAUCAUACAUAAGUAAUGCCAAUUUAGUCUCUUGCAGUUAAAUGUUAUUAAUAUUAAUUUUGCAUUGUUUUGUUCAAUCAAUUACGUAACAGAAUUCACCACAUUGAUUUGUAAACAAAAGUUCAAGAAAAUGGGGAACGAAGUUACUUAUUUUAUCGGACUGGUCCUUUAUCUACAAAUCUCUUUCACAAAUGCUGAAGCAGAAUGCAAGUUUUGGAAUGAGCUGGCUCAUAACAUUUCCGAAGGGCAAGAUUCAAUGGGUGGUUUGGUGAACCUUGCGUGUAACAGCUCUUGUACGUCCAUCGACUGUUCAGGACGAGUCAACGCCUCGCACUUUGGCAUGUCAUAUAUGGACUUUACAUUUUGUAUGGGCCUGCGUCUUGACAACUGCGUGAGCCCUAUCAGUCUCAGCUACUAUAUGAAUCUUCCUGGGGUAAACUACUCCAGGGAAGGGACUGUCAACCACAACGAUGAAUAUCAAGUGCCAAUGCCAAGUUCUGUGACCCGGUUGGGGAGGGCAACGGCGGUUAUAGACGUGCAGAUGGUCCAGGUGAAUGCCACUCAUCUCAGAUUUGGGAUCGAGGGAACCAUAAAGGUGAGCGUGGCCGAAGGACUGCCUUAUUUCCCAUUUAGGCAAGAGACAGUGAUUCCCCCAACCCUCAUUGAUGUUCCGCCCUGCGGCAGCUCGAACCAAUCGUUGAUUCCAUAUCGAGAAAAGGGAAAAUGCACUUUUGUUCCACCAAAGAAAACAGGUACAACCAAGGCACCAGUUCCAACCACCCCUCCUGUGAUCAAGUCAGCUACCUACGGCAAGUCAUGUGAGCUUGGACUGCUUUACAAAUGCUCUGACAACGAAAUGUGUUCUGGAAUAGGCAACAGCAAGUCUAAAAAUGGUCAGUGUGUGUGUGACGCAGAAUCAUUUCUGAAUCCUAGGUCCGGCUACUGUGAGAAGAAAACUUCCAUAAUUGUGUCAACGCUAGCGCCAAAGAUAAUCACAUCUGCCGUACCAGGCGUUACCAUGGAGAACAAGUCAAAGGACAAACCUGAAGUAAAGAGUGCUGGUGGGAUCAGCAAAACAGGUGUCAUCAUUGCUGGUGUUGCUGGAACUCUGCUGCUGAUCGUUGUUGCAGUCAGCGUCAUCAUCUUCAUUGGGCGUCGUAAACGUAGGGCGAACUAUCGAGAUAGACACCAACUCCUAAGUGACGAUGAUGAUGAUGAUCCCAAUGUUGUUAUAUAAUUUGGAACAGACAAUUUGAUUUUCUAUGUGAUAUGAAUAUUUUGUUGUUGUAUACAUGUAAAUGUGUAUGUGUAUGGCUAACAAACGGGCAGUCAGUUGGUGUCAAUUUGUCAGUCCUACAUGAUAAACACAAUGACAUGGAAAAUGUUAUAACUUUUUAUUUUGCAUAUGAGAUUGAAAGAUCAAUCCCUGGCCAUUUAUGAUCUGGGCUGUAUUCAAUGACCCCCUUAGAUUUCACUUAAUUACAAGAUUAGAAUCCAAAGAGUUUUGAUUGGACUGUAAAAAUAACUGGCCAAUAAACUUGGAUGGAAACACUGAGGUGUAUCUGAGGACAAUGAUCAGUAGACUUCAUAUUCAUUACACACUUGGUAUUAAUCCUGAGUGUUUUCAUUGGCUAAUUUGUUAAUCUUAUGGUCCAAUCAAAACAGCCAAAAUUCAUUUAAUAAGUUGAAUCUAAGAUGGUUAUCAAAUACGGCCUCUUUACUUUUUAUUUACCGAAUUACUUUCAUCAAGAAUGUGCAGUUUUUUUGCAAUUGUUGUUUUGUUUGUUAAUAUUAAUUUUGUUUAUUAGGAUAAGUGUACAAAUACUCAUUUAACAUUUUUUUUUGACUGGAGCUUGUCUGUAAAGAUUUAAAGUAAACUUCAAAUAUAUAAUGUGCAGGCUGCAUUUACUUACUAGUUAGAUUUUUGUUUAGUGUUAAUAAGUUCCAUAUUUAGUGUACGCUGUUAGUUUUUAUUUUGCUGAUUUUGUUUUUGGGAAAAUGAUGUUAUUGGAAAAAGGCAAAACAAACAUAAGUUUGUGGCUCCUGUAAAAUGCUGACAAUUUUCAAGACUAUUUAGGUGGCGGAAACAAUUUAUUUUGUAAAAUAAUUUUAUUGUGCAAAAAGAGUGUAUGUUGUUGUAAUGUUUACAUACACAAACAUUCUGACCAUAAUGCUGCUAAUGCUGCCAAAAAAGUAAAGGAAUACAAUUAAACUGUAUCACCCUACACAAAUUAAAGUGCCACAUCGAUAAUAUUUCUUAUCAUAAUAAAUAAAAUCAAAAUAAAAUCAAAAUACUAUUUUUACCCAAAGAAUGAUUAAUUUGGGAAUUAAGAAUAGUGGGGGUCAGGUUAUCAUAAACAUACCAUCUUUUAAGUUUGGCCAAACAUACCUGGUACAUGAUUAAAUAAAAUACAUAUGCCCCGGUACAUGAUAUUUUUCACUGUACCUGUAUAUUGAAAUGCCUUUUGAGUGAAAUCCAUCUUUGCUUUCUAUCAUAUUGUUAUCAUGUUUGGUUUUGGAUGUUUUUUAUAUUCUUUUUCUUUGAACAAAGUUACUUUGUAGAUACAAAUAGUGUAAAGUUAACUUGAAUUGCUCAUUUUAGGCUUACAAGUGUAGCAAGUGUAUGUCAUCUGAGCAAUAAUGCAGAAAUGAGAGUUUGCAAUAUUACAUAUUUCAUAUAUUCCAUGCGUAAUGUUCUUAUUUGUUUUCAGAACCUAAGGACCUGAUUUGACUUGGUUCAGGAAUGACAAAGUUCAGGAGUGACCCUGAAAUCAGGAUGUAGAAGGUUUCAAUUUCAGGCACUUGUAUAGUAGGGGUUCUUUUGCUAGAAACUUGCAUUAAGUACCUUGAAAGUUGAAACAAUUCACUCUGGGAACAAUUUAAAAAGGGCUCCAAGCCCCUAACUUGAAUCAAUCAAAUUAAAACUAAAUUUUUGUGAUAUUUGAUCUUUGUAUAAAAUUUGUUUUGUCUUACUUGCCUAUGUUUCACGUUAUGUUCAAAUUUUAUCUGUGGUGAUGGCCAAUUCGUUUGGGUAUCAGACUCUGGAUCAGAGGAUCGUGGGUUUAAUAGACUCGUAGAGCUUUGUCAAUGUUUACUACUGGUUAUCACCAAGGAAUGGUAAAUGGUUCUUCAUGUACAUAGCUGAUUGAAAAACAACAACAUUGUCACAUUUAAUGCAAGAACUCAAUAUCAGCUUAUAUUUCUAUAUGCACUUAUAUGAGUUAUUGCACUAAGCAAUGAUUACUGUACAUAUUGUUUGUUGCUUAAAAUCUCUGUGUAUAUAUUCAUGGCCGUGAUGUAAAACAAAAUUUUGUUGUCCUUAACUUUACAAAUCUUAGAAAUCUCACUUUCUUUAUGUAAUUAUUGUUUCUCAUUUUCACUGAUAGCAGAUCUGAAUGAAAACCACUGCUGGAAAUUUGGGCUUUAUACAAUCAUCAUGUGUUAUGAUGUGACAUCAUGUGUGUAUUUUGUUUAGAAUGAUUAACAUGAUAUAUGACCAUAAAUUGGUCUUAAGAUAAUAAAUCCCUUAAUUGUAAGUUUAAAAAUAUAACCAUGGCCAUAUGUUAACUCACAAACUGUUAAAAAUAUUAACAUGAACCUUUGUACAAAUGUUACCAGUGGCAAUAUGCUCAUUAAUUUUGUAACAAGGCUUGUAACUCUGUCUUUUAUAAAUGUUGAGUUAUGCCCCCUUUUUCUUCUGGAGAGAAAAUUCCAUAUGAGUGUUGGUGUUCACUCCACGGUGCUCUUGUUUCUUUUGUUUUCCCCUAUUGUUUGCAUGCAAUUGUCAUGUGUGUUUGAAUUAAACUAACAUAUUAAUUCACUCAUUAUUUUAGCUGAAUCUCAACUUGUAUACACUCUUCAUCAGUCAUAAUUAUAAUGUUGUUAAUAUUUGUCAUGUUAAAAUAUGUUUUUGUGUCAUAUGUCCAACUAUUUAAUAUGUAUCUAAUACCAAUAACUUGCUGCUGAGAUCUACUCUGGACUCGGCAUUGUUACAUAUGUUUUCCUUGAACUUACGUUUACUUUAGAAUUGCAUAAUUAUUAUUAAGGCUACAAUUAAAUAAUACUUUUUGAUGUGGUGGUUAGGUAGGUAGCUUGAUUUUUUAACUUCCUGACCCCUUAAUGCUGUUAAGAUUUUAAGCUUUAUACAGGCACAUGUAUGCUUUAUUUAAGAACGCUUUAUUUAUAAUGUAUUGACACAAGUUUGAAAAUGAUUUGUAACAUUAUUAUCAACAUAUCAUUUUUAUAAUCAAAUCAUAUUACUAUCCAAGUUGACUCAUGAUUUUAUU